AUCCAUGUGAAGAGUACUGUUCUUUUCAGCAUUGCAUUUUGCAGAGCCAAUGAUGGUGGCUGCUGCAAAGGCAACAUGAGUAAAAAUGAGCAAAACGAGGAAUUGGACUGGGGAAUGCUGGUUUCUUCUGGAUUUAUUAGUACCCUCGCCAUACUCCUUUAUUCCUUGCCCCCCUUGGAAGACAGAGGCCUUGUUGUGAAUGAUGAGCAUGAUGCUGGUAGUAUGCUCUGUUAUGCUGGUUCUUUCAUCUUUACAGGUAGAUGCAAGGCAUGUCUUUGAGCACUGGUCCUUAGAUGGAGAGAACAAGAUGUCCAUAAUGGAGGCUCUAUCACAAGAUUCCUUUUGUCAUUCAUGCUUAGAGGUUUCAAGAAAAGCUGCGAAAACCUUGAGCGAUCCAAAGACGUUCCAAGGGAUUGGCACAUUGUCAAAUGAAAUGUGCCAUGUUUUGCCUACUGAAUUGCAAACACAGUGCUUGGAGGUUGCGGACACAUACAUCCAUCAUUCUAGGCUGUUUCUGCGAGAACUAUUUCAUGAGAAGCACCUGUGCAAUAGCACAGGUACAUGUGCUCAGAAAUCCUCCUCCUCGGAUGAGGAUUUCGUUAUGAAUCCAACAAAGUUGACGGACAGCAAAAAUUGCCUGACAUGCCGCAAUUCAGUGAAAGAAAUAUUGUCCAGAUUAAAGAUCCCUAACAUGAGGAUGAAGAUAAUGGAGGCUCUCAUUGAAUACUGUGAAGAAGUCGAUGAAAAUGAAGCACAAUGCAAGCAAGCAGUUUACAGUUAUGCCCCAUCAGUUAUUAGCAAGCUUGAGAACUUGAAGCCGAACGAUAUGUGCCGCAUGGUUGGGCUCUGUGAUGAGGGUAUCUCUUUAUGAAAACGCCAUGCUUGAAUUAUCAUCUUGAGUGUUCUUCAGUUUAUGAUUCAAAUAACAGGCCCAGAUCUCAUCUGGAAUGUCAAAGUUUAGAAUAAAAGUUGAUUCAUUAGAGUUGUUUGUUGUUAUUAGAGAGCUAGACACUGCCACUGUUAUGCCUUCUCUUGGGGUGUUGUAUAUGUUUCUUCUUAUUUUUCUGUUUUCAAUUUAAUAUAUUGAACUUGUUAUGUGGAGAUUUAUUCAGUGUGUAUUUUUAUUUUA